AUGUUUUCUAGAAUUGAUCACAAGGCUGUGGAAGCACUUCUCCAUGGCCAAGGAUGCGCUAACAAUCUCAAGAUGCUACUCGAAAACCGCGAAAUCGGCCUAGUUUGGACAGAACCACUCCUCAAUAGUAUUCUUGAUUCUUUCUCGCUUGUUCUAUCUUCCUUUCAAAACAUGGGAGGUCAUGUGUCUGAAAGAUCUUCGAAGAAGAAGAUUUGCGGAAUAGAAGGUAUAGAGAGUUACAGAGACGAAUCCCCGACUCCACGGCCCGAUGAUGGCUUCACCUGGAGGAAAUAUGGACAAAAACCCAUCAAAGAUUCUUUGCACCAAAGGUGUUACUAUCGAUGUACUUAUGCCAAAGACCGAAACUGCAACGCAACAAAGCGGGUGCAGAAGAUCCAAGACAAUCCUCCAGUGUACAGAACAACUUAUUUGAGAAAACAUGUGUGUAAAGAUUUUGCAGUUCAUGAUGAUACAUACGGUUCGGAAAUGAUCCAGUUCGACCAAGUUGUGUCCAAACAAGUUAUGCCUCAACUCACAACAAUGAACCACCAAGCAAUUACCAUGGAGGAAGAAGACACAUACAAUAUCCAAGAAUGUGAUAUUAACGAUUAUUUGGUGGAUGAUGACCAAUUUUGGGCUAAUCAAUUUCCACCAUUUCCAUCGGAAGACCCGAUGUUCUUUUGA